GCGGCGUUCCCACGCAUGCGCCUCGGGCCGCGGACCGACCCGUGCCAGCCCCGGUCCGUGGACAUGGAGGGAGACACCGGAUCCGGGGUCCCGGCGCUGUCGGGCGGGGAUGGAGCGGGCGCGGGCCAGGGCCCGGGCCCGGCCGAUGAGGACCGGGACAUGGAGGGGGCCCCCAGCUGCUCGGGGUCGCGCUCCCUCCCCUUCGAGUUCGAGCGAGGUCGCUCGGAGUCCAGCGGCGAUGAGGACGACGACGACGAAGACGAUGAGGAAGAGGAGGUGGAGGAGGAGGAGAUGGAGGGCGACACCGGGGCUCGAUUCGGGACGGAUGACGGGGAGCUCGACUCGGACGACGACCGGGAGCGUAUGAUAAACCUCGUAGAGUUGACCCCCUACAUCCUGUGUUCCAUCUGCAAAGGUUACUUUAUUGAUGCUACAACUAUUACAGAAUGUCUGCACACCUUUUGUAAAAGCUGCAUCGUGAGACACUUCUACUAUAGCAACAGAUGUCCAAAGUGCAAUAUUGUUGUACAUCAGACACAGCCCCUCUAUAAUAUCAGACUGGACCGACAGCUGCAAGACAUAGUCUAUAAAUUAGUUGUCAAUCUGGAGGAAAGAGAGAAAAAACAAAUGCAUGAUUUCUAUAAAGAGAGAGGAUUAGAAGUGCCCAAACCAGCUGUCCCACAGCCAGUUCCACCGAGCAGAGGAAGACCUCGAAAAGUUCUGGGCUCAGUGUUCCGGAUCCCACCAGAACUUGACAUUUCCAUACUUCUGGAGUUCAUUGGAGCUAAUGAAGGCACAGGGAAUUUUAAGCCUUUGGAAAAGAAGUUUGUACGUGUUUCCGGGGAGGCAACAAUUGGACAUGUGGAGAAAUUCCUCAGAAGAAAAAUGGAUCUAGACCCUGCUUGUCAGGUGGAUAUAAUAUGUGGUGAUCACCUGCUGGAGCACUACCAGACACUGAGGGAAAUCCGCCAAGUCAUAGGAGAGAGUGCAGUACAGGAUGGUCUACUUGUGCUGCACUAUGGCCUGGUGGUAUCUCCACUAACUUAAAGGUUGCUGGAAUAUCAGAAGGCAAAAGAAUCUGAAGUCAUGGAGCUUCUUCACUGCUGUUUCUCACCAAAGAAGCCAUCGCAUUUCCUGUGGCAGGAAGCAAGUGAAAGGAACCACCGUAACUGCUGUGUGCUUGUAAUGUAGUGUCUGACUUCACCACUGUAAAAUAUUGCAGCUUCCGUAAGUACAGCUGUAGAUGUUGCUAUGCUUCAUGUCACAAAUUACUAUCUUCAAAUUUCACUCAGCUCAGGGAAAUUAAAUGCUCAAAGUAGCUGAAUUUUUUUUACUUUCUAAAACCACAAGAUUUCACAGGGUGAACAGCCUUUUUUCCCUCUAAGCUCUGAGAUAUCUCUUGCUGUCUACGUGUCUAGCUAGAACAGUGCACUCAGGGAUGAUCUUCAGUGAGCAGUAUAAUUUGUUUUGGGGAAGAGACAGUCAUUUGCCUAAAAAAAAAAAAAAAGAAGUGUACUGUGAUCAUCUGUCUUUGGAUGUGAUUUGGGGAGAGGAAGGAAACUUCAGAAAUGCAGACCAAAAUAGGUAGAAAAUGAUGCAGCAUAAGCAUUGUUUUUUGAGAAGUAGCAUUAAAUUUAGUUGUUUUUCUUGAAGAAAGACAAUUUUGUUUGCACUGGAAAUAUAUUUGCUGGUAGUUUGGCUUAAACCAAAUGGUGGAUCAUGCAUCUCUAGUGUGAAUGGAGAUGAGCUAGCUGUAAGCUGGUUAAACUAUGCAUGAAAAAAAAAAGUAGCACCUCUUUCUACCUGCUUGCUGUAUAUAAAGUAAUCACUGUCAACCUGAUUCUUCUAUCAUGUAAAAUAUGUCAACUCACUUGACUGUUAGAAGCAGAAAUCCAUUCACUUUAGCACAUACCUCUCCAGCAGCUGUGAAAAUGGUUGCUUUUUCCACUCUUUCUGAUGUGUUCUAGUGCAUUGCAUUGUAGUGGAGACCAGGGUUGAGUAAUGUAAUACCUGCCUGUUACUACCAGAUUCACGGAAGACAUUAGGUGACUUUAAUUUUAACAUGUUAAAAUACUAGGUUUUGUGACAACUGUAACACUUCAAAUUUUCUUCUGUUUAAGAUUUCCGUGUUGUCUUG